UCGAUCAAUAUUUGAUCCUAAAAAGGGAGAGGAGAAUUCGCUUUUUUUUUAAUUUUCAACGUUUUAAGGGAGUUUGCUAUUUUGUGAGUCAUUUUCACACGUUUUUGUAGAAAAAUCUGAUUUUACGUUUAAAAAGUUGAACAAAUUCCUAAAUACCGUCGAGGAAAUAAAGAUGCUGACAAAAACGUUAGUCCUUUUCAGAAAUUUCAAUAAAUCAUAAUAAAAGUAGAACAAAAAUAUGACUUCGUUCGUCAAAUAAUUGAUGGAAUAAUCUAAAAAUAAUUUUUUCUUGAAAUUGUCAAGUAGUCAAGCACUCUUGAGAUUUAUCGAAUGCCAUUUCGAGUUGGAAACUUUUGUCAAAAACAGUUUUAAUCCCGGAAAAAUUGAUGAGGAAUGAUUGUGCGUUGUCCAGCGAGGAUGCGCGUCACGAAUGCGCGUUAAAAUGUGGCAGCGUAGGAGAGCGAGAAAGAUGGAGAUAAUUCGAUACACACACUGCGGAAAAGUCUCGCUUAUGAAAAGCAGCAGAAACGGUUUUGCCAUUGGCGAAGCCGGUCACGAGUCGCAGCGAGGGUGUUCUUCAUUUUUCCGUUCUUAUUGUUUCUACCUUUGAAAGGAACAAGGGUUUCUUCUCACGUUUUGAAAAAUGACGAGUGUAAGCGGCAAAGUUCACAAGGUCAACACUGGAAUAGUAACCUCGUGCGUUGUUGGCUUGGCCCUUUCUUACUACGCGUGGGCUGUCGAAGUUGCUAAAGAAAAAGACGAUUCGUACGAAGCCAUGUGCGACAUAAGCGAACGUGUCAGUUGCACUAAUGUCUUCACGUCCGAAUACGGCAAAGGUUUUGGCCUCAUUCCCGAAGACUCUAUUUUCUACGCUCCAAACAGCAUUUACGGAUUAAUAUUUUACAGCAUUCUCGCAGUCACAAGUAUAUUCAAUCGCUAUUAUCACGCAGUGGUAUUGGUUUUUCUGGCGACUCUAUCGAACUUCAGUUCUGCUUACCUGGCCUGGAUUCUCUACAUAUUGAACGACCUUUGUGUCGUUUGCGUUAGCACUUACAUAGUCAACGCUUUCAUACUGAUUCUUUCGAUACGAAAAUUGCGAAUUCUUACACGAGCGCCGUUGAUUAGCUCGAAAAAAAAGAAACAUUGAGCAUCACGAGUUCUUCGACACGUCGUCGCACGAAAAUUUUUCACGAAACAUUUGUACAUAGAGCCAAAUAACUUUUAAAUUCUUUAUGUGAACACGAGAUAAUUAUAUUCUGAAUACGAAUAAAAUAUUUAUUUGAUUCUUCUUGA